AUGGAGAAGUCAAGUAGCGAGGAUUCUUCAAUUCACCGGAGUCCAUCUUUGGAUAGCAAAGACUCAGAUUUUGCUAAACCUUCUGCCUCAGGGAGGCAAUUUGGUCGAGGUUUUACUGCUGGAGCUUUCUAUGGUACAGCUGGAUCACGCACACAGAACCACACCGGGGUUGGAACCGGGACCGGUGUUGGAACUGGGACUGGCAUAAAAAGUGACAAAUACAGUGCACCCAAAGGCAGCAAAUAUGUGGUCUUUUAUCUGGAUCUGUCCUUUGUUUUCCUUUUAGAAUUUAAGAAGUGCAACAUGGCAAGAGGCUGCCUGUGUUGUUUGAAAUAUAUGAUGUUCCUUUUCAAUUUGAUAUUUUGGUUAUGUGGCUGUGGGCUCCUGGGCGUGGGCAUCUGGCUGUCAGUGUCACAAGGAAACUUCGCCACAUUUUCUCCUAGCUUUCCAUCUCUUUCAGCUGCCAACCUAGUCAUUGCCUUUGGCACAGUCAUCAUGGUGACCGGCUUUCUGGGCUGCCUGGGUGCUAUCAAGGAAAACAAGUGCCUACUUCUGAGUUUUUUCAUCGUUUUGCUGAUAAUUCUCCUGGCAGAGCUGAUAUUACUCAUUUUGUUCUUUGUUUAUAUGGACAAGGUCAGUGAGAGUGCAAAGAAGGAUUUGAAGGAAGGUAUGAAGCUGUACAAUUCAGAAAAUAAUGUUGGACUGAAAAAUGCGUGGAAUAUCAUUCAAGCAGAGAUGAAAUGCUGUGGUGUAAAUGACUUUACGGAUUGGUACCCAGUGCUGGGAGAAAACACUGUCCCAGACCGAUGUUGUACAGAAAACUCCCAAGACUGCGGACGGAAUUCUACUGAAUUAGUGUGGAAAACGGGAUGUUAUGAGAGAGUUAUGACUUGGUUUGAUGAGAAUAAGCAUGUCCUUGGUUCGAUUGGGAUGUGCAUCCUUAUAAUGCAGAUUCUUGGCAUGGCCUUCUCCAUGACACUCUUCCAGCAGAUUCACAGGACUGGCAAAAAAUAUGAUGCCUAAAGCCUCUGAGACAUUAUCACAUCAACCCUUCUGUCUGAUCAUAAAAAUGAACAAAAGGAAUGACCACAAAGAGUAUCGGCCGAGCCCCGCUAAGAGAAUCCGUCCCACUGACCGAUCUACUUUGUUGUUACUUGUACAGUUAUUAUCACAGCUUGUUAUUUGACUCAUGUUUCUGUCUGUUUCACAUUUGCCAUUUAUUUGCCAAAGACAGGGGAAAGAUCCCCAAACAAAUGGAUUUUCUACACAAAAUCAUAGAUCUGUUCUAAGAAUGUUUCCUUAAUUUAAGAAAAUGUUUCACUCUACUAAUCUGUGCUAUAUGUGCAAAAAUGAUGUGUGUUCAACUCUAAGGGAGAAAUCUUCAAAGUCUUCCAUUAAGUUUUUAACCCUCAUGUCCAAUUCACUGUAAGACUUGGAAAAGCCACUCUAACAGAGAGUCCUAAGAAUUGGAGCUGCUUUGCUUUGCAGCUUCUUGUACCAGAUGGUGUAUAGUUUUUUAUUAUGAUAAUGAUGAUGAUGACUAUUACGAUGAAUAUAGCUUAGAAUUUAGUUGCCUGAUUUAUAGCUUCUUACUGUUUUUGUUUUUACACAUUUAUUGUACAUUAGUUUAGGAACCACUGUGCAAUCUCCAGAGGACAUGUUUUUCAAAGUUGGCAGUUGGUGGAGGCAAAUAAAGACAUAACUUUUCUCAAGUCUGUGGGGAGCUCGCUAGUCCUGUGAGCCUAAAUUUCGAUGUCUUUAUCCACCCAAAGCAAUCUUUGGCUCUGUAAUUGAUGGCCCUCAUUGGCUUGCUUUGAUGUCACGCUACUUUGAAAGCUAAAAAUACUGACUAAACAAGUGAAUGCUCCCUGGCAUGAAGGAGAAAGAUUGCAGUCUGACCUGCUGGCCAGUUGGCAGCAGCCUUCACAAACUGUAUUGUGUAAUUGAAACUGUCUGUUUCAAAAAGUUUGCCCAAGGCAUAGCGUUCUACUGGAUAUUAGAAAGGGGGAUGGCAAUUUGAUUGCAAUAUUGUCAUGUCAUGUCCUUCAUUGAAGGGGUUCCCUCAGGUACAGCUGUCUCCCUGAACUGGAAGGAGUGUCUCUGGACAGCGAGGAAUAUGAGUUUGAUUAAAGAUGAUCAGAUGAUACAGGAAAGGGGCGGUUUCGAAAACAGCAGUCAGAGACAGUAUGCAUUGUCACAUUGUCACACCUUCAGCACAGAAUUGGUUCAUGCUGGGACAUUGGCAAUUCCAUCCAACAGGGUGUGGUUUGGAGUUCACUGCAAUGCAUAUGUUUACCAACAUUUUCUGGCUAGAAAAAUCAAACGUAUAUUUUUCUAGUUUGAGCUCUGCUUCAUUGCAGGCCAACCCCAUUUACACUUUGUUCCAGUUUUUUGCAGAUGUCUUUCCUCAGUUUUACAGUUUUGUGAAGGAAGAAGGAAAGGAUCAGCUAUUGGACGAUGCUGUGAUUUAACUCCAGUCAGGGCUCAACUCAGGUCUGAAAGGAAUAUUGAUUUUUUUAUUAGCAGCAGUUAGAAGGGACCUUAAUAGGUUAUUUCAUCCAAUGUCACUCUCAAAAGGGGACUGUGACCUAUGUGAGGUGGGUAUGACUGUGACUUUAUUGGACUGAGUCUCAGAAACUGUUGAGGGUGGAGUUUUUGUGCCUCUCUGGUACCCCUUUCAGAGCCGUGCUUUAUCAAACUCUGAUAAAUACAUUUCUCCUAAUGUCCAGUCUGAAUAUUUAUACUUUAAACUCUUAAAAUAUAUUAGUUUCAUUGUAUCAAUCAGCCAGUCUUCUCAUGGUGGGCUGAAAUAACUGUUGGGCCACUUCCUGUCUGGGAGGUAUUAGUCCCCUGUGUAUCUUCCCAGUAGGUCCUGCUUACAUCUGUAAGUAUGGCAGCAAUAGCAUUUUUUGUGGACAAUGUGACACUUUUUAGACUUCAUAUGAGAUUGGUAUGACAGGAAGAAGUGUGAAUGUGUGGGAUAUGGAGACAAAUUUGGGUGUUGCAGUGAUGAAGGAGGUUACUGUUCUUAGAGCCUGGUUCUUGCCCACAUGAGCAUUACGCCCAAAGUUUCACAGGGCUCUUGUUUCCCCCUAAAGCAGACAAUACCACAUGGGCUCAGCUGUUUAAUUUGGAUUGCCUUUGAAAGUCCGGGAAGGAGCAGAGGAAAAGCACAGAAACAGAAUCCAGUUUUACUUCCAUUUCUAAUGAAAAUUGGGACCAGGAGCAUCUGAGCCCCGCUGGAGAUGGAUGUUCCACAUGGAAGAAGGGGCUCUGAUUCCCAGUGUACGUGCUGCUACAUGUAAGACUGUAUACAAAGUUGCUAAAAUGUGUUCCCAUUUUUGCAAGAAAAGACAGGACAAUUUUCAUCUGAUGGCUCUACUGCACUCUCCUUUUGAGCAGAGGUACUUGGUUUUCUCUAGCAAAAAAAGUGCUUUUCUUUCUCUAGUUUUCUCUGGGGUUCAAAAAGAGCAGUGUACAUCACAUCUGUCCUUUUUGGUCACACAGUGGUACCUACCACAAUUUAAAUUUCAGUCUGCAUUCAGUUUUUGUACAAAAAAAAAAUAAAAAGUAAAAUAUAUUAGUGAAAGUAGUAGGAAAGUAAAAAAAUGUUUAUGAGUAACUCUUGAGAAGAAAUGUGUAGUUGCAAACUCAGCUAUUUUGCCUUUCAUCCAAACUUAUUUUUGUAGAAUGCUUCAUUCCAUUUCAUGAUCUGAUAGUGGCAUAGAUCCUGAAAUCUUUUUUUAAUGACUACUUUUGGCAUUCUAGGCACAGUAUUAAGUGAGGUAGUUACACAAGCUUCAUGUAUUCAUUUCCAUGAAGCCACCCUACAGGAAGGUAGUCAAGAGCAGGGCUGAUUUGUGUCUCUAGCUGACUCAUUGAUGUGGGAGGAGAUGACAGAUAUCCUGAAAGGAGAAGAAAAGUAAUGCCACUUUCCAGGCAACAAAAACAGCCUUGGAAAGCGUGAGGCUGUAUCCAUUAGUUUGUCAGAGAAGGUACUGACUUUCCGGUAACUGGUCAAAGGGAGCUUUGUCUCAUGUAUUGUAUGCACUUCUUUAUGCUUGUGCUGGUGGGUGGCUGUCUAUGUGUUUUCCCCAAACAACAUUCUGGUUAUUUAGCUACAAGUUUUUCGCAUGUUUUUAAAUAAAAACUGAUACUGGGUAAAAAUAUCUUUAGUAUACACAAAUAUUGAUUUGUAUAAGUGCAUACCUCUCUGUAUCUAUAAUUCAUGAAAGCACAGUUCAUGUGUGAAAGUACUGUUUCUCUGAGUGUUUCUUCAGAUUGUAGUGUACCUGCUGUCUCGCUGUGCUUCAUGUUUGGAAGCUGCAUCAGCACUUAAGCAGAGACAUAUUGGGAGAACUGCUUAAAGAACCUCUCCUUGAAAGCUGUGGAAGUGAAUUCUGUUCCCUCUUGGGUACCAAGGCUUUUAGUUAUGGGAAGCCCAGGUGGAAGGCAUUCAAAAAACCACACUCUCUGCCCAUAGUGAAGUAACAUGUGAGAUGUUAAAAACAAUGGUAUAAAUAUCUCAGAGAUUACAGGAGAUGACUUGUGUAUGUGAUUCAUUGAGUUCUUGGACUAUGGUCAAGUUAGGCCAGCUCUCUUAUCCUGUAUCCCCCUGUGUCGCUCCCCCACACUUCCAUUAAUACAUGAACUACAAACUCACACACAGGAAGGGUGCAAGCAGAGUAAAGCAGAAUUGAUCUUCAUGGUCUUUCUUGGGCAAUGUGUUGGUCAGGCAUGGAAAAGGCAAGAAACGAUAGUGUGUUUUCCCAGCAGAUGGUUCUUGGGAGCAGCAGAGAAUAGGACACACAUAAUUCUGAUGUAACUUCCUUCCGUAGAGUUAAACAGCUUCAUCCUGCAUCUCAUGUGGGAAACCUGGAGAUAUUUGCCUAAAGGCUAGCCAUCUGUUGUGCAGUAGAUAGCAGACACUAAGAAACAACAUGCCAUUCCCCUCAGGUAAUGUUUGCACCUGUAUUUCUUCUAUGCAAUACCUACUUUUGCCUUUAUAUGAAAGAUUUUUACUAGGAUGAUAUCAAAAUAAAGGAUAUUUUAAAAGGU